ACAAAUAAUAAUAAUAAGCAACAAGAGUAUACAGCCUCUACACAAGAUAACAAUAAUCUGUUAGAAGAACCAAUUUUGCUAGAUAGCCUUAAUCCUUCAAUAGAGCAACUCAUAUCAAUCUAUCUUGAAUCAACUUUAGUGGCAUAUGAUGAACUUACUGACAUGACAACAAGAAAAUCAACUCAAUACAAAAGAACAUCAUUUU